UGAAAUUCACGUUCCAAACACACUUCAAUCAAAACACAGACUUGGAUCCGCGUUGUCUGUUGUAGUGUUUGUGUGAUUAUCUUGUGCCUGGACGAUCGGAUUCUAAUUUGGAUUAACUCAAAAUACCGGGAUGUUACAGUUUUCAUGAAGCAGUCAAAAGACCAGUAAAUGGACUCGCGGGACAGGUUCAGCAGAAUAAGUGAGAGUGGAGGUGUCGGAGUCCCCCUGGAAGAUUAUUGGAAAGAGUUCAGCAGCUUUGAUGACACUGGGCAGCCAGAUGAAGAUGAGGAAGAUUUAUCCAAAACACCUGAUGAAGGUGAAGCUGAAGAAGAAUGGUUACGCGAGGCUGGUUUCGAAACUUUGGUGGAUUGCGAGAUGACAGAACAAGAUGAAGCGGAGUUCUACGAGGACAUAUUGGCCACUCUGACGGCCAGGCAGAUUGCUGUCGUCAAGAAGAGACUGGACACCGUCCAGAUGUCCAAGAAGCGUCGAGUGCCUCGUAGUCGCCCUAGGGCGGAUGUUCGAGAUGUUUUCAGUCAAGCGUCCACAUCACCUCCGCAGUCACUAACCACUAUCCAUUCCGAGCCUCCAUCCCUGAACUAUUCAUUGGGCAGUCGGAGUUUAUCAACCAGCCUCCCAGUGAACAGAGACAGGUGGUCUUCGAAGCUAACCGAUCUACCCCGAAAUGGCAGCGAAGAACAGUCUUCUGUUAAUCAGUCACAUUCCAAACCAAACAACAGAGGCCUGCCGCUGCCAUUCCUAAGGACUGGCCACAGUGGAGGGUUCAGCCUUCGAGGACAUGCUGGCAUGAGGGCCAUCGACUGUGAAAGCCCUACGAGCGUAGAAGUUCUAAGAUAUGAAACAAGGAAAUCUGUUAUCCACGAUAAAGAAAUCUCAAAAAGUACUUCCGAUCUUAACAGUAUCAAUAGCUCCGAAUCUUUUCCUUUGGAAACGGGUUUUCAAGAAAUCUCCUCCAAGCUGAAUUCCGUCGGCGACCUUGUGGACCCCGACAAAGAUUUGGCAUCGCUACAGAGGAAUUCUAACGUGCAGAUAAGAGAUCUGAGUGAAAAUGAUAGAAAUUUGGUUCGUUCGUUGGCUAUCAUCGAAGUAGCAGCCCUCCUUGAUACCCAUGGUCUAGUCCCUACUCGUAGACGAAAACCUAAUCGGAAGAAAGGAAAAGAUAAUGUGGUUUUUGGAGCUUCAAUAAACUCUUUGCUAGAGAUGGACAGAAGGCGAUGUCCAGGUUUAAAAGUUCCUCUCAUCUAUCAAUGGAUUCUUCAUCAUCUCCAUAGCAACGGGUUACGCGAAGAAGGGUUGAUGCGACUUGCCGGCUCUGCGCAAAAAAUUCAGGCUUUGAAAACCGAAAUCGAAAGAAGUUAUGCAACUUCACCGAACUUGGUUGAGAACUUGAUUCGGCAAUCGUCUGCCAUUGACGUUAGUGUCAUUCUGAAACAACUAGUGCGACAUCUACCGGAGCCUCUACUUACUAAUAGUCAUAUGGAUGCUUUUCUACAAGUGCCAAACAUACCAAACAUCCAAGAUCAAGUAAACGCUUUAAAUUUGUUAGUCUUAGCAUUGCCUGAUGGACACCGAGAGCUACUACAGGAAAUUUUAUACUUCUUGUCAAAAGUUGUUGCCGAAGAAGAUGCCAAUCGUAUGUCCUUAGGAAAUGUGGCAAUGAUUAUUGCACCCAAUCUCUUUCCGCCGCCAAGACUCAAGAAAGGCAACCAUAAAAACGAUCUCGCUGCCGAAGUGACAGUUGCUGCAAUGUCAUCCAAAGUUACUCAACUCCUCAUUAAAUUUGGAAGUUUCUUAGGAAACGUUCCACCUGAAUUGCUAGCUCAAGCAAGGCUCCAAAACAGGCGAUCUGCGAAUAAACACGCAAAAAGAGCAGUCAGAAAGUUGAAAGGAGAGAAGCAGAAAAAUAUUAAAGACGAUAAUAUCCACGUCAAUACAUCCAUCAUUCGAGUGCAAUUCUCUUCUCUGCGCCAUCCAAAUAGCAUCACUGUGAAUGUAACUGAUAGAACAACCGCAGGCGAAGUAAUCGAAAAGGUAGCAGAGGCUCUAGAACAUAUGGUUGACCCCAGGUACCACAGCGCUUCAGUCGAUCAACAAGAAAACAGGGCUUUCCUGCAAAGACCUAGGACAACAUCUGAGCCAAUAGUAAUGCGUCAUAGAUGUCUAAUGGGGUCUAAGAAAACCGGAGAAUAUUUAAAGGAUCAUUAUUUAUAUUAUAUUAGAGAAAAUGUUGGUGAUCGACGGUUGGACCAUGGACUAAACAUAUUUGCAAUAAUCGGAUCCGUCUCCGGACGGUUUACACCGGGAACAACUUGGGAAAUACGCUGUCAUCACUCCUAACAAACAGUUCAUUUGAAAGAGAUCAACGCUUAAGCAAAAUGUUGAUAGAUUAUGAACGUCAAGACUGAUCUAAUGUAGAGGGUUAACAUUCCGCUCAGAAUUGACGUCAUAACGCCUCCCUCAAACCGUGUCCCCAUAGAAAUUCCGCAAACGAAGACGGUUUGAAGGAGGAGUCAAUCCGGAACAGACUGCUACCGAUUCAUUUUGGAAUAGAGCCGUAGUUGCAAAAUGAACAUUGGUUAUGGCUUUUUUCAUGAAACUUCAUAUUCGAAUAAUAUAUUAUUAAGUUGGUGUUUUCUGCUUUUAGAACUGCAUGAGGAUUUUAAAUUCUUGUUUUGAAAAAGUCUGGACUAAUUUUUAAUAAGCAAGAAGCCUAGAGAGUAUUUUAAUGGUAACAGUUGAAUUAUUACUGAUUUUUUACUCAUGGCUUUGUCAUGUUCAUUUUAGCAGUGCCUUCACCUGUGCCUUUACCGAUAAGUUUGCUAGCUUUGUACGAAGGUAACUUUGUGGUGAAAAAUCAUGUGAUAUGGAGCAGAAACUUGGCUUUUUAUGAUCAAUAGAAAGAUUUUAAAAAAAAUGACUUGAUAUAAAACUGUGGUACUUUCAACUCUUGAAAAAUUUAAUUUUUUCACGCAUUGGCGGUUUGAAAAUUUAUAAUUGGAUACAUAUUAAUUACUUUUUUUAGUGAUAAAUUAGUAUUCAUUAAGAAUAUAUAGACUUAACACAGUCAGUUGUAAAUCAAAUUGCAAUUUCACUGCUUAGUAGUUGAAUUAAAAGUACAGAAAGUCUCCAGCUAGAAUAGUAUGCUUAAAUACAAUAUGCAAAAAUUGAUAGCUUUGGGUUUAAAACAAGCUAGACUACACAAAUGUAACAUUUUUGUAAUAAUACUCCUUUGUAAAUAUUUAUGUAUUGUUAUAAAAGUUUCAUUUGGAAAACGAAAUCAUUUUAUGUCAGCAAUUUAUUAACGAAGUUCAAAACAAUAAAUUUACCGAAUUUCAUUGUAAUAUCAAAGUGUACUUAAAACUGCUUUAAUUAUGUUAUUUUAGUUCAACGUUAUGUUUAAACACAUAAUAAGCAAUAUUGAACUGUUUAUUGUUGAUCGUAAGUUGUUUGUAGUUCUUACAGCCGAAUAAAGUU